CUCCGCCAUCACAGAGCCUAACGAUGAGAGUUCCAACACGAGGCUAUGCUAAGCAAAGAUUCAAGCAGCUGCACACCUUUCCUCUGCCAUUUAUAUUUGAUCAAAGCCCAGAAUAUUUGCAACCAAACUUCGGGAAUUUCACAGACCCAAAGCAAAAUGGCUGAGACUUUGGGGGUCGGCAUUAGUAUCGCUUCAAUCACGAUUCAGAUUGCUGACAGCCUCAGCAAAGUCAUGAACUUCUGUGAAGCCAUCUGCGAGGCUCCAACUGAUGUCCAAAAACUUAUUGUAGAGCUUCAUUUACUUUCUAGUAUCGUUUUGGUCAUUCGAGACAUGGUUACGACAGGUUUAAUUCCCUCGGGCAUCGAGACCAUCCUUGAGCGGGCUUUGAUGCUCGUCGGGCAGGACAUGGCAUCUUUAUCAACUCUUAGCUCAGAGCUUGAACGCUAAUUGAACUCUGAGAAAAGAUCUGUUCGGACCUGGGCGCGAGUACGAACUGUCUUUUCGAAAAAGAACAUCUCCUUACUCAAAUGUCGUCUAGAAAGCGCGAAAGGAGGAUUGCAGCUGUUGCAAGGCUGCAUUGUUAUAGAGAAACUGUCAAAUCUGGAUUCAAUAGCUCGUCAGAUUCCAAAACAACUCGGCUAGCAUUGGGAGGCGGGAGAGCGCGACCGGCAUGUUCAGAUUGACGAUGGGUUAGAGGAGCCCUACUUCGUGCCUCUAGACCUGUGCUCGAACAGAAGUGUUCUCAGAGACCUACUUGAAGUAAAGUACAAGUCCCGGAACUUCCCUGGCUUGUCCCAAAUUCGCCAAGGCCACGUUGCUGUGUUUGACUGGACUCAAACUUUCACGAUCGAUUCAGAAAAUUGGGACAUGGUUGUCAAAUCUGGUGGUCGAAUUAAACUCGCUUUCUUGAUGAGUUCCUGGCACGGUAUAUCACGAACCAAGUGUAUACGUUGCUUCAAGCCAUAUAAACAAGGGACCGUAGUUGUCGGUUUCAAGAAGUGUCUCUCAUGUGGGUUAGAAGUGCUCAAGGUUCACCCGGAAGCGAUUGCAUUUGAGACCACCGAUAUUCAAAUAGGUCUUGGUCCCGAUACAUACAGAGAUUAUCGGUUGUCGAAGCGAAUAAAGUCACCAGAGGCUCAAACGCACCAUCCGACUUCGAACACCUCGACAGCUGCUACCGAAUCUGUUUCUCCAACGCCACCAAACACUAGACCAAACACUAGAUCUGAUGACAAUCCUCCAAUUGAUUUGGUGUGUAAACGACUCAUUGUCAAGUGGGAACCAAUAUAUAAUAUUGUUCAUCGAUACCUUCACUGCCGUUGUAUUCUAAGACUAACAACACCCUCGAGAGUCGAAAAGGAACAGACCAUACUAGUCCUGGCUGGAUGUCCACGACACAACACGAAGAAUUUAUUUCAUCGGGAUUAUGGUGACCUUGAGUAUGACAAAGACCCAUAUUUUGACCAGUUCGGAGGGUACAGAGCAUUUCAAGGUUUCGUGUAUCUGUAUCAACCACACAUAUACCGAAUGCUGGGCUGCGAGAAGUUUGUACCAACAAAAAAUCUUGAUGCAGCAACCAAAGCAGUCAAGGAGAUUAUGAUGAGAGGCUUCGAAGGACUCACGGAUCCGUACCUCGAAUACUUUUUGGACGUAAAUGAUGCUGUGGAGAAGGCUUGGGUUCAGUUGCCUGAGCCUGAAGCUGAAAUCGUCGAAAUUGGACGUCAGAGGAGAAAGGAAGAAAGAAUCGCUUCGCACAAAGCUCUGGGGAUUGAAAGUAUGCUGACUCCGAGCGAGGACCAGCAGCGAAUGAUUUCCGAGUCGCCGAUGAUGCAACAGGUCAGAGACAUUUUGGAUGGGAAGUGGAACGGGAAGAAGCACUGGGAAUGGGAAGAUGACGACGACUAGGGAUAUGUG